CACUCCCACCCCCACCCCCUGGCUCUCUCUCAAUACCUGUCUGUCCCCAAAAUCCCCCCACAGAGGACUCCUCUCAUCUGGGACAUGGAGCUCCGGGCACACUGCCACUAAGGUGAAAUAAUUCAGGGGACGGUUCUGAAGAGCAAGAUGAGGCCACCUCUUCUCCUGUUCGGUCUGCUGGGACUGUGUCUGCUGGCCAGCUCCCUCUCCCUCAGAAUCUGCGCCUUCAACGUCCGCAGCUUCGGAGAGGCCAAGGCCAGCAACAGGAGAGUCAUGGCCCUGCUGAUACAGAUCAUCGCUCGCUGUGACCUGUGUUUGGUUCAGGAAGUGCGAGACUCAAAGGGCACAGCCAUCCCAACACUGGUGAGGGAACUGAACAGCCUGGAUAAAUCGCAUUCCUACUCCCAUGUGGACAGCAAGAGGCUAGGGAGGAAGACCUACAAGGAGCAGUAUGUCUACAUAUACAGAACAGACAUGCUGCAGGUUCAGGAGCACUUUGAAUACCAGCGGCCCGCGGAGGGCGUGGCCAAUGACACGGACGUGUUUUCCCGCGAACCCUUCAUCGUGCGUUUCCACUCCCCCAACACCCUGGUGAAGGAUUUCGUCCUGGUGGGCCAGCACACCUGCCCCAAAAACGCCAUGCGGGAGAUGGACGAACUCUACACGGUGUUCCAGGCCGUCCGCAGGACCUGGAAGACCGAGAAUGUGAUGUUCCUGGGGGACCUGAAUGCAGCCUGUGGGUACGUUACCAUCAAAGGCUGGGGUGCAGUCCGACUGAGGAGUGACCCCAAAUUCCACUGGCUGAUCGGGGACAAAGAAGACACCACCGUCCGUGAGAAAACACACUGCGCCUACGACAGGAUCGUGGUCCACGGGAAAGAGCUCCUGUCGGGGAUCGUGUCGAACUCCGCCCGGCCCUUCAACUUCAAAAGAGAGUUCCAGCUCACCGAAGAGGAGGCUCUGGCGGUCAGCGAUCAUUACCCAGUGGAAGUGGACCUGAAACCCAGCCACCGGUACCUCCUGCGCCAUGAACUCUGACCCCCGGCCCAAUUCCGCAGGAUGGACCUCCAAUCUGGACUGAUGAAUUUUAUAAAAAUUAUUAUUUUUAAAUUCAAUAAACCAUGAUGCACCCAUUUGGCACUCUUAAAACUUA